AUGGAAGAAGCAGUAAGGCGACUCGUGAUGAAUUGCGAUAAAUCUCUGCAGGUCGAGUGUAAAAUCCUGUCAUACCUGAAACUGUAUUUCACGAGUACAAAUUAUGUGUUGAUGUUUUGUGAGGGGCUGUACCUACACCGGCUAAUCGUGAACGCAUUUUCUCCACCUAAAACAUUACUACCAUUUUACAUCUUAGGAUGGGCCAGUCCUUUCUUUUAUACAACAGCUUACAUGGUUGUGCGAAUAACUCGGGCGGAUGAAAGUUGUUGGGCUAAAAGUAUCGGCGACUUGCAGUGGAUUUUAUACUCACCUAACUUAUUCUGUCUAAUUGCAAAUAUAUAUUUCCUGUGCAGUAUACUUCGAAUACUUCUUACCCAGCUUCAAGUACACCCUGAUGAGCCAAGCCAUUUUAGGAAAGCUUUGAAAGCCACGUUUGUGUUGAUUCCACUUUUUGGAGUUCAACUUUUUGUCACAGUGUAUAGACUCCCGCCGAAUUCUACGGGAUUUUAUCAUUACGAACGGUUUUCGGAAUUCGUAACAAAUUCACAGGGAAUGUUCGUAGCAGUUAUAUUUUGUCUUUGUAACGGAGAAGUAACAUCUCUGGUGAAACACUCUCAUCGACGGCGUCGGGAAACACGGGAUAUAGGUUUAAAGAAACAUAACUCAGCUAUUAGUCUUAAUAUGAACACAAUUGCUUCAAAAUACAACACACUUGACAGAGCUUCUCCGAAUAUGAAUCUUCUUGUACAAAAUGGGGAGGACGCAUCUACUAUUUAG